AAGUCUUAUUUUCGGGACAUUAUUGGUAUACUUAUAAGACCUCCGACUUGUGGGCAAUCGAGUUUACAUCUGGACUCUAUCUCCUAUCUCAUCCCCAACAACCUUGAAAAACACUUAUACCAUCCUAGUCAAGAUGGCGACCUACAACACUUCCACGGACAAGAUUAUGGCUGAGCCAACGGAAUACCGCGAAAACAUAUUAUUACGGAGUACGACUAGCGUCGAUGAUAUCCCCAAAGAAGGCGAGGUGGAAAAGGAGGUCGAUCCGAAACUUGCUCGCAAAGUGAAAUUGAAACUCGAUAUCUUUAUUCUACCGUUAUUAUCGAGUGUCUACUUCUUCGCUACGAUGGGCAAAUCUGAUCUCGGAAACGCUAAGGUAGCUGGUCUCAUGGACGAGCUUAGCCUCUCCCCGGGAGAUUUUUCGAAUGCGGCAACGGUGUUCCUAGUUGCAACUAUUAUUUUCCAGCUCCCGGGAACGCUUUUGAUUAAGAAGAUCCACCCGAACAGACAGUUCAGUGGAGCGAUGCUAGUGUGGGGUUUCUUAACUGUUAUGACCGUCUUGAUCUCAAACAGUGGUCAACUAUUGCUUCUUCGAUUUCUCAUCGGUGCGGCUGAGGCCUUCGUCCAGGGUGGUGUAUUCUAUCUCUCUUUCUGGUACCAGUACCAUGAGUUCGCAACCCGAGGCGCUAUUCUUGCUUCCAUGUCCACUAUUGCCGGCGCCUUCAACGGCUUAAUCGCUUAUGCCAUUGAUAACGGUUUGGAGGGCGUCAACGGAUGGAGGGCGUGGCGAUGGAUCUUCCUUAUCGAAGGUAUUGCGCCUAUUGUGUUCUCUGUUGUCGUCUUCUUCUUGAUGCCCAGCAGCCCUAAGGACCUCAAGUAUGGAUUCACCGAAGAGGAGAAGCAGCACAUCGUCAAGAGGAGCGAAAAAUCACACAACACACACGAAGGCUCGGUCAAAUUCAAGGAGAUCUGGGCAGUGCUACUCGAUGGUCAGUUUUGGCUUUUCAUCCUCACCAGCUGUGGAGGCUCUUUCUGCCAGUCGUCGCUGUCGAACUUCCUUCCGGACAUCAUCCAAGGUUUCGGAUACACCAGUGUCAACGCUCAACUAUUCACUAUCAUCGUAUAUGUGUGCGGCUGUGUCGGAAUCCUCUUCUUCAGCAGAGUUGCGGAUAAGACCAACGCCCGAAGUAUUGUCAUGGCAGUUUCCCUUAUUCCGGCCAUAAUUGGUUAUGCAAUCUUGAUCUGGGUUAAGAACCAACAAGUUCGAUUCGCCGCUACAUGCUUCAUUGCGUUCUCUAUUUACCCGUCCACCGUCUUGCAAAUGUCAUGGGCCGCCAUGUCUUUCAUUGGUUACACACGAAGGGGUUCGGUUUUGGCGUUCUUCAACGUGUUCCCUCACAUAUUCGCCAUCUCCGGAAACCAGGCUUAUCAGGAUCCUCCUUACUACAGCGUUGGUAACUCCGCGGCUCUGGGAAUGACUAUAAUGAUGCUGGUUUGCACCAUUGCCCUCCGAUUCUAUCUCGGCUACUUGAACAAGAAGAAGGUAGCCGACCAAUACACCGAGGCGGCCAACGAAUUAAGGAAGAAGAGCAUGCAAGAGAUCGGUGACAGGCACCCAGACUUCUUCUACACCCUCUAAGCGAAUUACUCGCAGUAGCAGCACUCGGGCCUCCUCGCUGCACUUCAAGGAAGAAACAAGAGUGGAUCGUAUGCUGCUCGGAGAACGAGUUAGAACCUGGAGCCGGGACUUCGAUCUAUUCCAGACUGCUUUUACCUGAGGCGUUAUCUGCACAUUUUAUAUGUACCCCAGGAGUAUAUAUCAGCACGUCCGAAAAAGGUGGAAAUGGAUGGGUUGGCUGU